CAUAUACAGCCAGGUGAACAGUUGGGCAUUGGUGUACAAUCUGUUGAAAUACAUUUUUAUUUGUUUAUAUUUUCCAGAAAAAAGUAAACAAUCUCUACAAUGGCUGAGAGCGUAAAUAUUGAGUUAUCUGGCGAAAUUAAUGCCACUUCAGAGAAGAAAGGUUUCCAAAAGUAUGUUAAUGAUAUGGAACUGGUAAUGCAAAGUCUCCGCAGUGGAGCCGCCCCAGCCUUGUUGAUGGGAGUCCUCAAUACACGCAGACCAUGGACACAAUUUGUAGCAACAGAAAAUUUUAAGGCUCCUGCAUCUCUACCACGACUCUCACGACGAUUCUACCGCAAUGUCGACUAUUUCCAAGCUAAUUAUCUCAUUGUUUUCCUAGGACUAUUUGCUUAUUGCCUAAUCACAACUCCUUUGCUAUUGAUUGCUAUGGUUGCUAGUUUCUUUGGAUACAGAAAACUCACCUCAGGCCCCAACACUUGGAAGAUUGGUGGGUGGGAGUUGAGCAAGACACAGCAGUACGCGGUCGCGGCUGCAGGCUCCAUGGCGGUAUGCUGGCUCGCCGGCGCGGGCGCAGUGCUGUUUUGGGUGUUAGGCGCAACUGUGACGGUGGUGGCCCUUCACGCUAGUUUCUUCGACGCGGAAGCGCUGCCACAGUCUGAGGACCCCGAACAGUUCCCGAUGAUCGAGCAAGUGUGACAGAGCUACUUACCGCUGUUCCUCCCGCCGCCUGGUUGCCACACUCCUUGCCCACCGCAUUAUUUCAAGAAUGGUGAAACAUAAUAACUGUGGUGGAACUAAAUUAAAGGUGACAACAGUUCUUGGGUUUGACCAACCAAAAAUGACAUUCGCUUUAGUAUAAUUAGAAUGCUGUAAUUAGAAAUGUUAACAAAAAUUUGUAAGGCCACCCGCAUUCACGAGGUGAGUCAGUCACUGGCCUGAAAUGUAAUUUACUAAGUUGAUUUGAGAAACCAGUUUAUUUUAAUUAUAAUAUAAACAUUGAAUAAUGAAAUUAUGAGGUUUUUAUAAAGUAUGCAAUUAAGUUAGAGUUAUAAGAAUAUAUCCGCAGAGAUCCAUGUUGCUCUAUGGAAUAUAUCAAUGUAUUAUUGUAGAUUUUACUAUUAAUAACUUAUAAAGUGUUUAUUUAUAAUUUUAUUGUGUGCCACUGUAAAUGCUAUAAAUGUUAUCAUAAAGGGUGCUUUAAAAUUUAAGUCGUAAUGAUUUCAUAAACUCAAAUCAUCUCAAUUUAGAUACAAUUUUUGUGGCUUGUAAAUAUAAUUUUGAAGUCCAAUAAAAUAUUUACUGAAACUGUA